AUGCGCGAAUGUUUGCAGUUGCUGGCCCAACGUCGUUUCUUCGCGCCGCUCUUCAAAUCGCUCAUCGAACUGAUGAUUCAGCCGGGCGAGAAGCCGGUCAACGCGAAGGUUCUACUCUACAAGACGGUCCGGUUUUUGCUGAGGACUCUGUUCGAGAAGAACUCUAUCGGGGUACGUUUCCUACUUUUUUUCCAAAUUUCCGAAAUUUGAUUUCAUUUCGUCCGAAAAAUGAUAUAAUUAGAAGAUAUUGCCGAAUUGUUGCAGGUGGUGAACGAGGUGGAGGAAUGGAUCCUGGACGGUCUGAUCCAGGCGCCGAAUCUUCCGUCAUCCGACGAAAUUGUGAAUAUUGUGGAUAGAAUGGGCGAAGACGUGGCACGUCAUCUGGAGGCGGCUAUUGCCGAUCUGCCAAAACACCGAAAAGCCGCAGCGAUCAUGGUGACCAGCGAUCUGAUGCACGAGGAUCUCAAGUCCAACAAAAAGGUAAAUGCAGUUUUUCCGCAACUUUCCGAUAAUGUCGAAUUUUUUGCAGCUGUGCAACCACGUAUCUCGAAGCGGAGUGCCGCGAAUUCUGUGCGAAGAGCUUCUCUCGAUCGAUUUCGACUGGGAAACGGUGACGGCGGCGAAAAAGAAGGAGACGGCGGAGACGGGCGCCGGAGCCACGCAGGCCGAGCACCUUUCCAACUACAACCUCUUCGUCUCCAUUUUGGUAAGGUUGUUUGCUGAAAUUCUGGAAAUGUUGACGCUACAACGGAAUAGAACUCCUAGAUGUUUUUCGCGUUGGGAGUUCUAUUCCGUUCAAGUUCUAAUUCGUUGCAGCGCUAAAAUUCAUGGCUAAAAUGAGCAAAAUGCGGUUCUGGAAUGAUUUUCUAGUUGUUCUUAACUAUUUCCACCAAACGUAUCGAUUUUCUCAUGGGGUUAUCCGGUGAUGCCAAUAAAUGGGAAAACCCUGUGCACACACGUUGCUUUUUUCCGUUUCUCGACUCUGCUGAACGUCACAGAGAUACAGAAAAGGUUAAUUUUCAAUUUCAGACAUGUUUCACGCGGUACGCGGUCUCGGAAUCCGGAUGGAAUGUGCUCGCCGAGCUCGCCGUCACCGAGAUUCUCGCGGAAAUGACUGCGUUCACCGAGCCGCCCAAAGAGCUCUUCCUGAAGCCGGAAACUGUCAAAACGUGAGUUUUUGGUGUAAAAGUGAUGAAGUCAUGAAGAAUGCCUAGAAAUGGACAUUUCGCAGAUUUUCACCCGAAUCUUUUGCAGAAAAGGCACUUCGGCGAAUCUGUACAUCAACGCGCUCGAUCUGGGACUGCACGUGUGCAAACAGAUGUGCACAAAGACGAAAUGGAAGAAGUUGUCGCUGAAAGUGCUCGCGUUCGUCCAGAGACUCGGAGAAGUGUUCCAGCAACUGAUGCGGGCCGAGAUCGAGUGCGACUGCCUCGAAACGGCCAAGGCCAUCGUCUACGAGAUCGCCAUCAAUGGUCGGUGUUUGUGCCAUUAAUUUUGUUUUGAAUAAUACAAUUUGCAGACGAAUCGAUAAUCGGCGCGAUCGACGGAGAUCCGGUGCUGCGAUCGUUGCGGCAGGCGGAAGAGAAGAAGGAAGUGAAGUCGAACGCGCGUCGGAAGUUUGUGAAUGUGAAUUCGUCGUUCGCGGCGCCCCGACAACUCUUUCCACUCUCACACCAUGCUAAUUAUUUGAUUAUGCUCAUUUCAUUUUUUGUAUAA